AUGGGAGAACUCGCCGACUUCCUCGUCGAACGCGACCAAAACUUUCGCAAAGCCCGUUUGCCAGCCCUCUACUCCGACUUCCGCCCCCAACGAACCCUCAACCCAGACGGCUUCCACGCCAACGUCAGCGCCUGGCGCCAGGCCCUCGCCCGCGCAGCAUGGGAAGGCCGCGUCGCAUCGCAGCUCUCGGCGCCGAAUUUGUUAGUGGUCAACGUUGACGAGCAGCUCGUCCGGUCCCUCGAAAGCAAACAAUUCGGUCGUCCGCUCGCGCUUGGCACCGUUGUGAGGGAAGCUGUCGCCGACAAGGACCUUUACCCGCUCAACGAGUUUACCAAGGCGAAAGAGAGCAUCUACGCGGGCAAGACGUGGGCGCAGGUUCCGUGGAGCGUGGUGUCGUGGGCGGCGGGCCAGUUGUUUGGGGCGGGGAAGUUGACUUCGGGGGAGGAUACGGUUCCAAAGGGGCAGUUUGUGGUUUUGAGGAAUGUCGAAACUACGGCGAAGAGUCUUUCGGAGAAGGUUACUGCUGCGGAUUCGAGGUUCGACAGGACGUAUACGAAGACACAUUUUCAAAAGACGUUUGCGGAUGCGUUGGUGCAGGAUCGGAGGUUAUCCGAGACGGACGUCGAUAUUCUGCUCAUAUUUUUGUCACGGGACAAGGGGAUCGUGGUGUACGACGGCAAGGUGGUCAAGAUCAGGGGUUCGAGCACAGACGAGGACGAGACGACGAUCACAGAGGAAGACGCCGCCGUCUCGUCGCUAAAGGAGCUCAUUGCCGACAUGAAGCAGCAGACGGCCCUCCUCACGGCGCGCGUGGACGAGCUCACGGCGACGGCCAAGGACGCCGUGACCAAGAAGAACAAGGUCGCUGCGCUGGCGGCGCUGAAGUCGAAAAAGAUGACCGAGGCGUCGCUCGAGAAGCGGUUUGCGACGCUGAACCAGCUCGAGGAUGUGGCGGGUAGAAUACAAGAGGCGCGGGAUAAUGUGCAGCUCGUCAGCGUCAUGGAGGCGAGCGCGGAUGCGCUCAAGGGGCUUAAUGAGAAGGUUGGCGGCGCGGAUCGGGUUGGGGAUGUGGUGGAUAGGUUGAGGGAGCAGAUGGGUGAGGUGGAUGAGGUGGGCAAGAUCAUAUCCGAGGCUGGGGCUGCGCCUGUGGUUGAUGAGUUUGAGGUUGACGAGGAGCUUGAGGCUAUGGAACGGGAGGAGAGGGAGAAGAUUGAGGCGGCGGAGAGGAGGGAGAGGGAGGCGAGGGAGGAGAAGGAGGCUGAGGAGACGAGGAGGAGGCUUGAGGCGGAGAUGGAGGGUUUGAAGGCGCCUGUGAAGGAGCCUGUUGAAAGGCAGGGGGCCAAAUCGCCGACAGGGGAGACGGCGGAAAGCUUGGAGAGGAUGGGGCUUGAGGAGAGGGUGCGGGAGGAGCCUAUGCCUGCGCAGUAA